GGUGGGGAGAGAAGCGGGAGAAGACCUGCAAGGAAGGGCUGGAAAGCGUGCCUAGCAGCUUGGAGCCCAGCGAAGAGAGCAACGUAGGAAAGCGAGGAAGCUAGAGAGAAUAGAGGAGACUGAGACUGACCGCUAGCCAGACAGGCGGACGUACGCCCGGCCAGACAGAUUCUGCUGGCGCUGGAGAACCUCUGACAGGUUCCUCCCGCCUUACCCUUGGGAAACCAGGAUUUUGCUUUUUCCGUGGCGCCCGAGAGAGAAUGCUAAACUGCCGUCUUCAGCACAAGCUAAGAUUUCACAGAUAGGCAAGAAAAGAUCAGCCCAAUCCUGAGGGAGGGUGGAAGCAAGUGCCUCUGUCCCCAUCCCCCUUCCCUCCCCUCCCCGAGGCACUCGGGCGCCAAACCCAGCCCUUCCCUAACCACCCGACUUCCUCUUCUCCUUUUUAGCAUGGUGGCUGUAUGGACAGUCUGACAGAACAGAGACUGACAUCUCCCAAUCUGCCAGCCCCCCACCUGGAACACUACAGUGUUCUGCAUUGCACUAUGACCCUGGAUGUGCAAACUGUAGUCGUUUUUGCAGUGAUUGUAGUCCUCCUGCUUGUCAAUGUCAUACUCAUGUUUUUCCUGGGAACGCGCUGAAUG